GGGUAGUACUAGUGUACUACGUAGUAGAUAUGAAUACUGCACAUGUGCGUAUCGAUAAGAACGACGAACCACCUGCGUAUUAUACGCACUUCAAAAGCUGAUCUGAUAAAACCACAGGCGCAAAAGAUACGAAACUCCGUAUAUCGGUCACAAUCGGAAAACAGGUGGAUCAAACGACGACGUGCGAGACAAGAGAGAAAGAAAGAGGAGGACGUGGCUGAUAGGAGAGGAGUACGCCGGAGCACCUUAGCAAACCUCGCCGGAAUGAUUCACGUUUGAGGAAGGGGAGAGCUAUUGGUCACCGCUGAUCAUCGACGCACCAAACGUCGCCAGACUUAUUGGUCACCCUGAGACGAGAGCUAGGGGGGUUUUCCGCCCAUGGCUCACUGAUUUUGAAGCGUCCCGUUUGCCCUGCGCGAUAAAGAAGAAGGAUGAACAGUACCAAACGGGUCAAAUUUGGGUCAAGUUGGACUGGGUCAACUAGCUUACACAUCGGCCCGAGUACUCCGGCUAGGAUUUAUUGCAAUUCGAGCCUCUAAUUUUCUAAGGUUAGCCCCAGAUCGGAUGGAAUCUACAAGGAAGAAUAUAGGAUCUGUUUCGAGGAAAACAAAACAACGUUCGGCAUCGGUUUUUCACCUACGCAUUGGCGGAAUGCCAUGCUCUGUAGAUAGGGAGCUUUUGGCAGAAAAAUCCUCUAAGGUGGCUCAAGCGCUGAAAGAGAAGCCAGAUGAAGAGAAUCUGUGUUUCUUACUCGGGGAAGACAUCCCCACUGACCCACAAACCUUCGAGCUCGUAGCCAGAUACUGCCACGGCUAUGCAAUCGACCUUGCGCCCCACAACUUCUUCCAAAUCUCAUGGCUGGCUUACUACCUAGGCAUGACCGAAGACCACAGACCCAACAACCUCCUCAAAAUGGCUUACCUCUACUUCCGAAACAACGUACUACCCAGCUGGAACAAAACAAUCACUGCUCUUACCACCAUGUCCAUGCAUACCGAAGGCCUCGACCGAGCCAUGCAGCUCGGUCUCAUCCAUGAAUGUGCGGAGUCGCUCACCACUCAAGCCCUUCACGACCCCCGCCUUCUCUGUCAUGAACCAGAAAACUGCGGUUUCUCUAAACGAAAUCCGAGGAGAACUCUGUUCUCCCCGGAUUGGAAAAAAGAAGACCUAGCUGCACUUGGUAUCAAGCUCUACGAACCGAUAAUGGCCGGGAUGAUUCACCGCUGCGUCCCUCUAGACUACGCAUCAGCUUCUCUGUGUCACUAUUUUGACAAAAACAGAUCCACAACUGACAGAAGAGAAGUCGUUGAAGCCAUCCAACGACUCUUACCGCCCCACGACUACUACGAAGAUAAGGAGGAGGAGGUAGAAGAAGAGAAAGAACUUCUCGUUAUUCCUUUUACGACUCUACUGGAAAUGCUGAAAACCGCAGUGGAAUCGGGUGCAAGUGAAGAGUGUAAGGACGGGUUGGAGGACAGAAUUGGAAAACGGCUAGACGAGGUCACUGUCCAAGACCUAAUAUCACUAUCUGAACUAUAUAACAGUGCCGAGAAACAAGGAGGGGGAGGAGGAGAAAAAUACGACAGUAAAUGUCUGAAAAGGUUAAUGAAGAGUUACUGCUGUAACUACAGAGGUUCAGACGUCACUGGGUUCGUGAAAGUGGGAGAGGUUAUGAAUGAGUUUUUAGUUGAGGUUUCUCGGAAUCCCGAGUUGAAGAUGGAAACGUUUGUGUCGCUGGCGGAGUUGUCCUCCACUGUGUCAACGGCGAUACAUGGAUGCUCCGACGGUUUGUACAGAGCCAUGGAUGUGUACUUGGAGACACACGGAUGGCUGACAGAACAGGAAAAGGAGGUGGUGUGCGGCGCACUAGAGUGCAGCAUGCUGUCGACGGAGGCGCGGGAGCACGCCGUAGGGAAUCAGAGGUUGCCUUUGAGGCUGGUGGUGCGGGUUCUGUUUGUAGCUAUAGGUGAGAUGAAGCUGAGGGACACCGCCACCAUUGUUACCCAAGCUGGUGCAGAGAGGUCUGAGGAAUAUGGAGAGGGAACAAGAAGAGGAAAUGAUGAUAAUAACAUGGAUAUAUUGUUGAGGGAGAAGUAUAAUGGCAGCAUUAAUAAUAGCAGAAAGAAUAAUAGCAGCGUUUGGAAGAAAUUGAAAAGGAAGCUUGGGUGUGUAACCUCUACGCAACAUGAGUCCAUUAACUGCCAUGUCAAGAGGAACAAGCAAGAUCACACAGUUCAAGGUGGGAAAUUCAAAUAGACUUUAGUACGACAACUUUUCCUCUUUAAUUUAUUUAUUUAUUUAUCUGUUUGUUUAUUCAUUUGAUUUGUUUACUAAUUGCAGAUAUUCAUUUAGUUAUUUGUUAUUGGCCCCACAAUAACUCAAUAAGCUCUUUUAAAAAGGUUGGGUUAGUUUGGAAGUCUUUCCGGGAAAGGUUAAUAACAUUGUUACACUAAAAUAUAAGUGUCAAUAUUUUUACUAAACUAGGACAGAUUGGC